UAAGAACCUAGGUAAAUAGCAUAUUUUUUCUUGUCGAAUUACAUCUUGCGGCCGUUUUCGUCUCGGGUCAACCAAAUCAUCGACAUGAUCGGGGCAAAUGAAGCGAACUCCAUUCUGGCCAUCGUCAUACUGGCACACGAGUUCUAGAACUUCGAGGUGGUCGGGUUUGUCUUCUCCCCGGCUGCUCUCGACCCAAAAACCCAAAGGUGACCCCCUACGCGUACUCUUCUGCGGCUCCGAUUCAUUCAGUGCGACCUCCUUGACGGCCCUGCAUGCCUUUUCAAAAACACCGCAAGCCAACAUCGCCUCCAUUGAUGUUCUCACGAGGACAGACAAACGAAGUGGUCGAGGUCUAAAGCACGUCAAUAGUCCACCGAUCAAGCAUGUCGCCCAACGACUUGACCUGCCCGUUCAUCAAAUCGACACCUUUAGAGGGUGGAGUUCACCGGAGUACCAAGGCUUGAAUGGACGGAUUAACCUGGUGGUAGCUGUAUCCUUCGGGCUGCUCAUCCCUCGAAGGAUUCUCGAUAUUGCAAAAUACAAUGGUCUGAAUGUGCAUCCCUCAAUGCUACCGGACCUGCCAGGAGCUGCACCAAUUCAAUGGUCCAUAAUCUAUGGCAGAACGACAACGGGAAUCACGGUACAGACAUUACAUCCAUCCAAGUUCGAUCAAGGGACAAUACUUGACCAGACUCCUGCUCCCGGCAUCGAGAUCCCCAAUCCUCAAAGUAUUACGACUCCGCAACUCAUUGACUUGUUGGCGCCCUUGGGAGCAGAUAUGUUGGUCAACGCAAUUCGGCACAGACUGUACAUCCCGCCGCAGACUCCCAUCCGCGACCAAGAGAAUCCGGAGGAGGUUGCAAUGGCUCCUAAGAUCACUGCCCAGAUGAGAGUCGUUGAUUUCGCCAAAUUCACGGGUACUGAACUACUACGGCGAAACCGAGCCAUCGGACCUCUACAGGUUUUCAUCAAGAAUGACGAUGCGAUGAAGGACACGAUCCGCAUCAAAAUAUCCGAGGAUGCGCGAUUUGCUACCGCCUCUGACAUCCCAGAAGGGUUGAGAAGCUGUGCCGACUCCAUCCCAGUGGGCGUUCCUUACGCAAUUAUACCGAAAAGCCAAGAUCCGAUUGAAAGUGAUAAGCCUUUGUUGGUCAACACUCUCGCCACAGAUGGCGAGGGUAGACAACUUGUGUUUCCUCACAUGACUGUCGCUUCUAUGGGAAAAUCUACUGGUGCCGCAGCCGCUGCUCGCACCGUAGUCUUCCUGAGAGCAGAGAGUGUCGGAGACUUUUGUCUGCAGGUCUCUACGCGGCCUUUUGAAUUGCCGGAGAUCCACACCGCAUAAGAACAACCUAUACACCGAGAUUCGCAGAAGCCAUCUACCUGAUGAUAACGCCGGCAUCUGGAAAUGUUCAGCGCUAUACCCGUCCAAAUAGGUUUUUGACCUACCAACUACAAUUUGCUGGCCUGUGAUCGAGGUGUUCUUUGCAGUCGAGAUGAAUGAGUCGGCACAGUCAUCCAGAUAUGUCUUGUCAAUGGUUAGCAUGUCGUGGAAGGGCAAGAAGAGAAACCCACUUCAUGUUUCAAGGCAGCUGCAUUAAUCGUCUGCUGUCGUCGGUCCUCAGUGUACCUCAUACCCUGCUAUUGUUAGCGGUCGAGACUUUGUUCUAGUUUGGACUAUACUUUCCCAAUCUGUGAGCAGAAGACCUGGCAAAAUUGCGUUGACUCUUAUCUUCGGGCCUUGGGUCGAGGCGAGGCAUUUCAUCAUGUGAACACCGGCGGCCUUGGUCACAGCUACUACAUGUUAGAAGGCCAGGCUGAACUGAGGAAGUCUUGACAUACAGUAGCCCAUGCUACUUCCAGCACAGCUAAUACCCUUGGAUAUGUCAGCUUGGAGACUUGGUGGUCUCGACAGUUUCCUACCGCAAUCGAUGAAGAAAUGAGAAAUACUCCUCCAUCCGGGUUGGCAUUGAAGAGCGGUGCAACCUCCUGCAUCAGACAUAGUUGUGACAUGACAUUCACGUGCCAACACUGCUGAGAUGAGCUUGGAUAUUGAACAUCACAGCGGUAGUCUGUACCUUGUCCCAUUCAUCGUGGCUGAGAUCGUUAAUGUCUCCAAAUUUCGCAAAUCUAGUCCAGCCAGCAUUGUUGACGAGGACAUCGAUUCCACCGAGUUGUUUCACGGUCUCCUGGACCAGCCGAGCACAAUCUGCUGCGACUCCGACAUCCUAAGAACCAUGUGAGCUUUGCUCGAUACAUGUCAAGUAGACCACAAGACCCACCCCUUGGACAAUGGCAGCCUUGACACCGAAGUCCUUCGUGCACUUUCCGGCAAGCUCUUCUGCUUUGUUCUUUGCGCUUGCAUAGUUGAUCAUGAGAUUUGCACCCUCUGCAGCAAAC